AUGCGGCCUACGCUGUUUGCCAGUGGGCUUGUUGCACUCGCUGCCACCGCCAUUCGCGCGGCACAGAUCCCUUUUGAACUGCAGCCGGCACGCGCUCCGGUGGCUAGGGUGCUCGACCAUCCGCACCUGCCCGCGCACUCGCUGCGUGUCGUGUCGCCGCGCGCCGACCUGUGCGACGCCUCGGUCAAGUCGUACUCGGGCUACCUCGAUGUCGACGUCGAUGCGCUCAAGCACGACCCUUCUUCGCACCCCAGGCUUGACUCUGCGCUCUCUGCGACCCGGCACGAGAAGGACGGACGCACCAAGGGAGCCAUGGAGCAUUUUUACUUUUGGGCGUUCGAGUCGCGCAACGACCCCAAGACCGACCCGGUGGUGCUGUGGCUCAACGGCGGACCGGGAUGCUCGUCGUUCACGGGCCUGCUGAUGGAGCUGGGUCCGUGCAAUGCUGUGGACCCCGCAACGCGCGGCGGCAAGCCGGGCACGGAACGCAAUCCGUGGGCAUGGAACAACAACGCCACCGUCAUCUUUCUCGACCAACCCGUAGGCGUCGGCUACUCGUACGUCGACUGGGCCAACCAGUCGCGUACGGACAAGCCUCCUUCGCGCGUGUUCUCUGCCGAAUCGGCUGCCCACGAUGCAUCUGCGUUCCUGCACCUGCUCGCCAUGCACAUGGGCCGCGAGAUCUUCAAUGGCGACGGCGAGACGUUCCCAUCCUUCCACAUUGCCGGCGAGAGCUAUGCGGGCCGCUACAUCCCGCUUUUGGCCGACCAGAUUCUGGCGGACAACAAGCGCAUCGCCAAGCAUCCCGAGAUGGGUCUGCAGCCUUUAUCGCUCGCAAGCGUGCUGAUCGGUAACGGCAUCACGAGCCCCAAGCACCAGUACCCUGCGUACGUCGAGUAUACCUGCACCAAAAAGUCGGGCUCGAAGCAUCCGCUGCUGCCGAAGAAGACGUGCGACCGAAUGUACGAGAGCAUCCCAGCCUGUCUAACGCUCGUCGAAAAGUGCAACCGUAAAGACAAACACGGCCGCACGUACGAUACGCUUGCAUGCAAGGCUGCGUCGGACUACUGUGAAGGCGCCCUCGCCUCACCCUACGAUACGCUCAAAAAGUCGCCUUACGACUGGCAACAUCCUGCCAAGUACGAUGAAGAAGACUGGGUGGCAGCAUUCCUCAACGACGCCGAAACCAAGCACGCCCUGGGCGUCGACGGCAAAGGCCCCGGUGAUAAGCACGAUGGAGUAUUCGUGGGGUGCUCGGACGAUGUCUACGCCAACUUUGGCAAGACGGGCGAUGGUGCACGCGAUUCAAGCUGGGCUGUAUCGAGCAUUCUCGAACAGGGUGUGCGUGUGCUGACCUACUCGGGCCGACGCGACUUUAUCUGCAACUACCUCGGCAACCGUGCCUGGAGCGAACACCUCCCCUGGUCCGGCAAGAAGCACUUCAACAAACAACCCCUCCAGAAGUGGUUCUUGCCCGACAAGACGCAGGGUGGAGAGUUUAAGAACGCCAACAACUUGACCUACGCCAUCGUUGAUGCGGCAGGCCACUUUGUCCCCCACGACCAGCCCCAAGCCGCCCUCGCCAUGUUCAAUACCUGGCUCCACUCGGACAAGCCCGGCACUCUCUAG